UCAGCUGACAAUCGAAUGGCAACUUGGUUUCCUACAAGUGCUUUUUUCUUUUACAGUCUGUUGGUCAUCAUUGCACUUGUAAGCAGAAAUGUCUGUUGCUUUCCUGCUAAAAAAGGCUGGAGCCAGCAUGGUCCUUAUGAAGGCAGUUUCUCUAACAUGGAGGCGCGUCCUGACUUCCAUGAUGGCUCAUCCCAAGGUGCUCCUGCACAGCAUUCUAUUGUGAGUGACCCUGCGGUUUCAUUCCCGUCUGAAUCAAUGGAGAAGGGGCCCAUCCCAGUCAUGUCCAGUGACGCUUCAUGGUAUGCUGCUCUUGGUUGGGGUAUUGUGCAAGAUUCUGCGACUGCCUACCCUGCAUCCAGAACAUCUCAGCCCACACCUGACACUGGCUUUCCCCCUCCACCGUUCUUUCAACUACAUGAGCUUGACCAAUAUAAAGCAUACUUGGCUCACGGAAACUGGGAAAGGGAAACUGCGGAGCUAAGCUAUCCUCAACUGCCACUUCCUACGUAUCCAGAACUUGGCUUCCAGCCUGGGGAGUUGCAUCUGUAUUCCUCAAUCCUUGAGCAUGGAAAUGAAGAGCGCGAACCGGAAGAACAAGGUUUCAUGCCACUGCCUCCCUAUGCCUUAAUGCCACAAGGAUUGUCAACUGCUUCCACAUUGCAAGAAGGCCCCAUGCCUUCUAGUUCCACAAUAGCUGACCCAAGUUGGACCAAGCCAGUACCCAAUCUUCUUGACUGGUUGUAUUGCUCCUGGUAAAUGCACUCCCUUGAGUCAAACUAUGAGGAAGGCACAGACCAAUGGGAUGAAUCUCAAAAUCCAGUAACUCCCAAAUGGACUGAGGAGCUUCAGGAAUAUAUCAACAUUUAGCCGGACUGAACAACUUCGAACAAAAUUGUAUGCUCUGUGUUUUGAGGUCUGUGCUGUUUGUGACACUUAUUAAAUCCUAAGUGAAUGUUAA